AAAAAUAAUUUUGGAGUUGAUUGAACUUUAAUAUUUAAAAAACAAAAGUAUCAAAUAUACUUUGGAGAUAAAAAAGUGCCAAGUGUGUUACUAAGCGUGGAAAAGUAUCUUUCAUAAAACUUUAAGUUGAACUUUAUUACAACAUUUUUACAUAAACAUUAAUAAAAUUAACACUAAAAUAUUUACCAAAAUGAAGUUAAGAAUGUUACGGUGUUUUCGACAUUCGAAACACAACAGUCAUACAGACGAUAUACAUGCCAACCACAACCAUCAAAUGCAACGCCAGUUAUCGGGCAUGCAUAAAAGUUUCCAUGAAGCUGUCAAAAUCCUCUUACUAGGAACAGCAGAAUCAGGAAAGACUACUAUAAUUAAACAGAUGCGUAUACUUCAUAUUAACGAAUAUACCGAUGAUGAACGACGUGAUAAAAUACCAGAAAUCUAUCAAAAUAUACAUGAGUCAAUUUAUCAGUUAGUACAGCAAAUGGAUAUAUUGGGUCUAGAAUAUCAAUCAUGCACGAGUAGAAAAAGUGCUGAGUAUAUACGUGAGAUGGGCAAUACGGCGCCUGAGUAUAUGAACGAGGAAUAUUGCGAUCAUAUAACUACACUCUGGAACGAUGUUGGUAUACGUACUUGUUUCGAUAGAUCGAAUGAAUAUCCGUUGCUAGACAGCACUAAAUAUUUUCUUGAUCAUUUUGAAAGAAUAUCUGACUAUGAUUAUAUACCCACAACUGAAGACAUACUACAUAGUCGUAAAAUCACCACCGGCAUACAUCAAAUAUCGUUUAAUGUUAAGAUACCAAAAUCACUCGGCGGUGGUGAACAGGAAUUCCGUAUGUUCGAUGUGGGCGGACAACGUGAUCAACGCAAUAAAUGGAUACAAGUAUUCGAAGGUAUACAAGCUGUACUGUUUUUAAUCUCCUGUGGCGAUUUUGAUCAGACCUUACGUGAGGAUCCUAAACAAAAUCGUUUACAAGAAGCUUUGAAUCUAUUCCGUGGAGUUUGGCAAAAUCGUUUUCUUGCUUCCGCUGGACUUAUUGUCUUUCUGAAUAAACAGGAUAUAAUGGAACGAAAAAUAUUAUCUGGAAAGCAUAUAGUGGAUUAUUUCCCUGAAUUCGAAGAUUUCUGCAAGCAACCACAAGCUGAAAGUUGUUUUGACGAAUGUGACUGGACAAAAAAAUUCAUACAACAAAAACUCAUCGAUAUAACGCAAGAACCGAUCAAGCGUACCUCACGCAAUCGCAUAGACUAUACCCAACGUGAAUGUUAUUAUCACUUCACUGUUGCCACAGACACGAGUUGCAUACGUAAAGUUUUCAACGAUGUCCAUCAAAUGAUAUUGCAUGAGAAUAUGGCUUCUGUGGGACUUAUGUGAUGUCACAUAUACAUUAUUACUGCAUUACAACCGUAGUUAAGAUAUUUUAAAUUCAUUGCAAAUAGAAGUUCUAUUUCUAUAAAUGCAAAUCAUCGAUUCUGACUACUCACUUAUAAUUAGUAUGCAUAAAUCUGAAAAUGUUUGCAUUUUCGCAUUAUCGGUUGAAAGUUUUAUCUGUGAUGUUCAUUCUAAUAAUAUUUAUAAUGUAUUAAUUUUAAGCUCUUUUUUAUAGUUUUAGUACAUGAAUUUUUACUAAUACAAGUAUCUU